AUGAAAUUAUUAUUAUUUUUAUUUUUAUUAUUAGUAUCAUUUACAGGAGCUAAAUCCGAGUCUUGCUAUACAAAUGGCCAAAAGAUCGAAGGUUUUACAACUGAAUUUAUAACCUCAUCAUUUAAUAUAAAUUUUAAAACCGAUGAUCAAAUUAAACAAUUAUCUUUUUAUACAGCAGGUCUAGCUAGUAUGGACUAUGUAAAUAGUAGAUUCUUUGGUCAAUAUAGGUUAAAUGAAGGAGGUGAUGAUUGGGUUUCUGGUCAACUAUAUGCAUUCAAAGAAAAUAGUACUCAAUAUUUUUUAGAUAGUCUGGUAAAUGGAACAUGCUAUAUAUCCAAACUAGUAGAUGAAUACCUUGUAGAAAGCUUUCCACAGGUCGAAAAAGUUAGCCAGGGAACCAUGGGUAACGUGGAUGUUGAUUUUUUACAAAUCAUACCAUCUCAAACUUCAAAUUCUACAACAACCAACACAAUCAUUAUAAAUAGAGAUACAUGUGGUUUAAUGUCAAUGAAUAGCCACAACAAUAUAAACAAUCCCACUGGCUUUGCAUUAACCACAUUUUACAAUUUUAUCAAUCAAUCAGAUCAAACACUAUUUAAUUUACCACCUCAAUGUUAUGGUAUAUCAUCCAAAUAUGGAAAAACUCAAAGUAUCUUUGAUUAUCAAAAAAAAAUUGUAUACCAACCAAUUUACAUUUCAGGUAGAGAAAAAGUUGAGAAUAGAAAUUCAAUUUAUUAUUCGGAAAUUUUUAAAAAUUUAUUUUUUGGCCAAUAA